AUGUCGCUGCAACCGGUGCCAGCCCAUCAUGCGCUUAGAGGCAUAUCCUUGCUCCGUGGGAGCAGGGCAUAUCUGAACCAGCUCCCGGCACAGCACACCGGAUCACGAUCAGUACGCAGGGCAUCGUCGGGCAUCAGACGAUCAGCACCACCUCACAGGAAGACCCAGGCUGCCAAACCACUCCCGUUCAAGCCCGCACCACCCAAGGCUGCAUCACCGCCUCCCCCGUCAUCGCCUGCAACCCCGGGACCAGAGAGCAGCAAUGACAACAGAAGCGGCACCGGUACCGGCAGCAGCGGCGGUGAGGCACCCCGCAAAUUCAGCGUAGCCGAGUUGGUGCGCACGCGGUGGAUAGCGCUCUUUGGCGCGGGAGCCAUGGCCCUGUGCCUGGGCUCCUUCACGGCCUCCUUCGUGUACCUGAACCUCUCGCCGGCGCCCAAGUACGAGACGGGCCACGAGCCCACGGUGCCGACGGGCCGGCCGGGCAUCCAGUCGCCGCUGGAGUUCGACCUGCACCUGGACAAGUCGGAGCACCGGUACGGCAUCACCAAGCUGCGGCGGCAGCUCGGGGAGCGGGCCACCGGCCACGUGCUCGAGGUCGCCGUCGGCACCGGCCGCAACCUCGAGUUCUACGACUGGGCCGCCGUCACCGCCGCGCACCUCUCGACGGGCGAGCGCAACCGCGGCCUGCUCGAGAAGAGCGGCUGGGGCGCCCGCCGCCUCGAGGACGUCCGCGAGAUGCUGUCCUUCACCGGCCUCGACAUCAGCGAGACCAUGCUGGACAUCGGCCUGCGCCGCGUGCGCCAGGUCGUGCCCCACGGCGUCGACCAGAUCCCCAAGAAGGCCAGCUUCGCCCAGCAGGCCGGCCAGGGCGGCGGCCACGUCAGCCUGCUGGACGGCAAGCUGCGCAUCAUCCAAGGGGACGCCCAGGACGGGCUGCCGGCGGGGCCGGGGCCGGCGGGCCGCUACGACACGGUGGUGCAGACGUUCGGGCUGUGCAGCGUGCGCGACCCGGCGCGGCUGUUGGCCAACAUGGCACGGGUCGUCGUGCCCGAGACGGGGCGCAUCCUGCUGCUGGAGCACGGGCGCAGCUGGUGGGAGCUGGUCAACGGCCUGCUGGACCGCAGCGCGCAGGGCCACUUUGACCGCUUCGGCUGCUGGUGGAACCGCGACAUCGAGGACAUUGUCGAGCGCGCCCAGGCCGCCGUCCCCGGGCUCGAGGUCGUCGAGAUCAGGCGGCCCGGCUGGUCCACCUUGGGCACGCACCUCUGGAUCGAGCUGAGGGUGCGCGAGGUCGGGGGGCAGGAGCCCAAGGAAGACGGCCGCAAGCCGGCGGCAGAGGAUGGAAAGGGGUGGGCAAGUUGGUUGAACCUGGGUUCCUCUGCCUUGACACCCAAGCCGCAAGGCGAGGCCAAGAAAUGA